AUGAAUAAAGUAACUUUAAAUUUACUAAUCCAAGCAAAAGAUUCUUUCUUAAGUAGUAACAAUAAUAAGAAUGAUCAUGUAGUUAAAGAAAUUGAUAAAUUAACAAACUCAUAUUUAGAUAUAUUACAAAUACUGCAUUCACUAAUAAAUUGCACUGAUGAUAAUAAUAAAGAUAGCAUUAACAAUAUGGAUAUUAGUAGUGGUGGUGAAUCAAACAUUAAGUUUAUAUUAUCGCUUUUAUUAAGGUUUACACCAAACAUUCAUGAAAUAUUACCACCAAGACAAAUGGUUAAAUGUUGUGAAGAGAUUAUGAGCAUUUGGUUUGAUUUGGUUGAAAACACCAAAACUUAUUCAUUUAUUUCGUUAUUGAUGGUGAGACAUUUCGUGAGUAGGAAUGAGAAGAAAUCAAGAGAUUGGCCAUUAAAAUCAUCAGAUUUAGAAGAAAAGGAAAAAUUAACAGAAUUAGAAUUUAAUAGACUUAGAAAAUUGGAUAAAUCUAGAAUAUCAGAAAAUGCAAAAAUAUUUAUUGCCAAUAAAAAUAGUAGAUUAUUAAGAUGUUGUACUCUAAAAUCAGAUUUGUUAGAAAUUGAUAAGGAUAAAAUGAAUAUUUUGGUGAAAAUUUUUAUUGAUGAAAUGGUAACAGUGGAACCACCAACCUUGCUAACCGAUUAUAUAUUGAUUGUACCUAAACCUAUUCCAUUUGAAAGAGACAAUAUAAUUCAAAAAAAGUUUAACGAUAGUCCAGAAUUAUGGGAUUUACUUCAAUUCAUUACAUAUGAUUAUGAUAAAUUUGAAGAAGUUUUUGAUUUAAUAUUAAGACCAUUACUUGCUAUAAAUAUUGGCUUUUGGUAUCGUGCUAAAUAUUUACCAGAACCAUUAAAUCAUGUGGGAAAAUUAUUUCCACACAUUACAUCAAAUGAUAUUGAAAUUGCUAAUUGGAUGUGUAGUAAUGUUGGUGAUGACGAUGAUCAAGAAUCAAAGUCAAUACAUGAUGUUCAUCUUCUCAAAUCAAUUAAUAAUAACUCCCACUUAUUGUAUAGUGAUUAA